UUUCCAACCAAUACCAUCCUGCCAGUAUCCAAACCGGUGAGCCUGCCGUCUGAGAACCGGCCUUCCGUGCCUGAAGCCUCUACUCAGCCUGAUGCCUCUACUCAGCCUGAUGCCUCUACUCAGCCUGAUGCCUCUACUCAGCCUGAUGCCUCUACUCAGCCUGAUGCCUCUACUCAGCCUGAUGCCUCUACUCAGCCUGAUGCCUCUACCCAGCAUAAUGAACUGAUCCAGCCUGAUGAUCCUAUUAGGCCAGUUGACUCGAUGCCCGCUGUUGAUCCAGAUGAUCCGGUACCUGAUCCGGUGCCCGCUGUCGUGCCAGAUGACGCGGUGCCCGCUGGCGAGCCAAAUGACCUGAUGCCUGGUGACCCAGUGCCCGCUGUCAUACCUGGUGACCCGAUGCCCGCUGUCGAGCCAGACGAUCCAAUGCAAGACGACUCGGUGCCCGCAGUCUUGCCAGGUGACUCGGUGCCCGCAGUCUUGCCAGACGACUCGGUGCCC